AUGCGGAAACUGAGGCACAACGAGGUUAAGGCCGUGGGCACCGGCCCACCAGGCCGAGAAGAGAGGUCUCCUCCUGAGCGGCUUCGGGUCCCAACCGAGCGGGACUGGGGGCCAGACCAGGCGCCCCCACUGUACCCCCUGGAGGCCAGGCUGCUGUCCCGCGCUCGGACUUUAGGUGCCCACACCGUGCUUGCUCUCCUCGAGGAGGGACAGGCACAGCACUCAGCAUCCCUGGGACAACGGCCCCAGGAGGGGACACUCAGGCGGCCAGCCAGGCUGCACUUCCGGUUCUGUUCCGUCUUCUUUGUCGCUGUGGGCAUCGUGAACGCUGAGGUCCUCCUUCUGCAGAACUUUCUCUGCUCAGCCUUGAGGGGACGCGGGUUCAAGGUCACUGGAGGCCCCGAGACCGAUCUGCAGACCAGGUCAAAGAUCCACCCUCGGGGCAUCGCAGGGCUCGGGCAUUUCCCAAGUCUGCAGGAGGCGGCCAGGCCCUGGGCUCUGGGCGGCGUCCUGAGAGCCGAGGUCGCCCCUUGCUGGGGCCACAGCCCCGCCCCGCCUUCCACGGCCACUUCAGAUCUGCCUGCCCCGCGGCCACACCUGCUGCGCAGACCCGGGUCUCAGGAAGGCCGGGACCACAGCAGCGCCAAGCCGGGAGCCGAGGUGUCCACCCCUGCUUGUCCGGACCCACAGAAGCAGGGCGGGAAGGGGAGGGUCAGCUGUGGGAGGAGCAGGCCUUGCCGAGGCCCCGGGCCCGGUGACGGGGCUGAAACCUGGCUCCUGCAGGGCCAGGCCUGUGGGGCUCAGGCGCCCUGCACAGCCUGGAGACGGUGCCCAAAUCCUGCUGCCAACAGCACGAGGUGCGCGCUGCUUCCCACCUCGCCCGCUCCGGGCCUCCGCCUGGAUCUCCAUCCUCCACUCCUGCCUGAGACCCAUCACGCAGUCCCUGGCCGAGCUGGGUCCUCAGGCGGACGGGUCCCCUGCGUCCACCCGCCCAGGGCUCCUCGUCCUGUGCAGGACCACGGACUCCUGUCUCCACACCGGGAGGCCCUGGGGCCAUCAGGCCAAGGUCUAAGCCCCUGUGGAAAAUGUGCCGAGAGCCCACCGCCUAUGGGCCUGGGUCCUGAUGCGGAACAGGGCAGGGUCCCUGAGGACGGCCCACCUCAGCCCUCACUUUCACCGCGGUGACCGCGGUCCUGUCUGUAAGGCUUUUGCUUCUCUGAUGGUGGGUGCGACGAACGCCACUGACCAGUGCCCUCUGGUGGCUGCAGGGCGUUACAGCGGGUUCUCAGCGUGUCUGCUGCCGUGCUGGUCCUGUGAGGUAGGGACGCUCCUUGCAGAGGAAAGGGGAAAAAAAGAUGGGGACCCCCGGAGGCAGGGGAAGAAAGGACCAAUUUCUCAUUUCAUCUUUUAAGAUCAGUAACUUGGCACUCUGCCCUCUGCGUGUAACCGUGAAACAGUCCGGGCUCCCUCCGGGCCCUCCACCACUUCUGGGCUUGUCUGUCUGCUCUCCCUCCCUCUAAGUUUCCACUUUAAAAAUUGUGGCAAAAUAUACCUAGCACAAAAUUUUACAUCUUAACAAACUUUGGCACUCUAUGUAACUUGUGAAAUUGCUACUCGA